CUAGCGCAUGCGUCCUGGCUCGCAUGUCGGCGCUUGCCGGCCGGACUGGUGCACGGUGAAGGGACUCCGGGCCGGCAGCUGGGCCCCGGGCUGGGAGCGGACGGGACGCGGGCCGGCUUCAGGCGUCUCCCGGGCAUGGAUGGGUGAGCCCCCGGCUGCGGCACCGCCCAGCAGCCCUCCACGCCGAGGCCCCGUGGUGGCGAGAGGAUGCACCUGUCGGCGGUGCUCAACGCGCUCCUGGUGUCCGUGCUGGCCGCCGUCCUGUGGAAGCACGUGCGGCUGCGCGAGCACGCGGCCACGCUGGAGGAGGAGCUGGCGCGCGGCCAGCAGGCCCUGGACCCCGUGCCCGGGCCGAGGGUGGACUACCCGCGGGCCCUGCAGCUCCUCACGGAGGGGGGCACGCACAUGGUUUGCACCGGCCGCACCCACACGGACCGCGUCUGCCGCUUCAAGUGGCUCUGCUACUCCAGCGAGGCCGAGGACUUCAUCUUCUUCCACGGGAACGCGUCGGUGAUGCUGCCCAACCUGGGCUCCCGCCGCUUCCAGCCGGCGCUGCUGGACCUGUCCACCGUGGAGGACCACAACGCCCAGUACUUCAACUUCGUGGAGCUGCCCGCCGCCGCGCUGCGCUUCCUGCCGAAGCCCGUGUUCGUGCCCGACGUGGCCCUCAUCGCCAACCGCUUCAACCCCGACAACCUCAUGCACGUCUUCCACGACGACCUGCUCCCGCUCUUCUACACGCUGAGGCAGUUCCCGGGGCUGGCCCGGGAGGCGCGGCCCUUCUUCAUGGAGGGCUGGGGCGAGGGCGCGCACUUCGACCUCUACAAGCUGCUCAGCCCCAAGCCGCCGCUGCUGCGCGCGCAGCUCCGGACGCUCGGCCGCCUGCUCUGCUUCUCGCAGGCCUUCGUGGGCCUGUCCAAGGCCACCACGUGGUACCAGUACGGCUUCGUGCAGCCGCAGGGCCCGAAGGCCAACAUCCUGGUCUCUGGCACCGAGAUCCGGCAGUUCGCCCGCUUCGUGGCCGAGAAGCUGAACGUGAGCCGCGCGGGGCCGGCGCCGGGCGAGGACUACAUCCUGGUCUUCAGCCGCACGCAGAGCAGGCUCAUCCUGAACGAGGCCGAGCUGCUGCUGGGGCUGGCGCAGGAGUUCCACAUGAAGACGGUGACCGUGUCGCUGGAGGAGCACGCCUUCGCCGACGUGGUGCGGCUGGUGAGCAACGCCUCCAUGCUGGUGAGCAUGCACGGGGCCCAGCUGGUCACGGCCCUCUUCCUGCCGCGCGGGGCCACGGUGGUCGAGCUCUUCCCGUACGCUGUCAACCCCGACCACUACACCCCGUACAAGACGCUGGCCACGCUGCCCGGCAUGGACCUGCAGUACGUGGCCUGGCGGAACACCAUCCGGGAGAACACAGUGGCGCACCCCGAGCGGCCGUGGGACCAGGGCGGCAUCGCCCACCUGGACCGCGCGGAGCAGGCGCGCAUCCUGCAGAGCCGCGAGGUCCCCCGGCACCUCUGCUGCCGGAACCCGGAGUGGCUGUUCCGGAUCUACCAGGACACCAGGGUGGACGUCCCGUCCCUCGUGCAGGCCAUUCGGCGCGUGGUGAAGGGCCAGCCCGGGCCGCGGAGGCAGAGGUGGACCGUCAGCCUGUACCCAGGGAAGGUGCGGGAGGCCCGCUGCCAGGCGUCGGUGCAGGGUGCCACCGAGGCCCGCCUGUCCGUGUCCUGGCAGAUCCCGUGGAACCUCAAGUACCUGAAAGUGCGGGAAGUGAAGUACGAGGUGUGGCUGCAGGAGCAAGGGGAGAACACGUACGUGCCUCACAUGCUGACCCUGCAGAACCACACCUUCACGGAGAACAUCAAGCCCUUCACCACCUACCUGGUGUGGGUCCGCUGCAUCUUCAACAAGAGCCUCCUGGGACCCUUCGCAGACGUGCUGGUGUGCAGCACGUAGCCCGCAGCCGAGGCCAGGCCUCAGCUCAGCUUCCUGCCCGGCCUGCUGGCAGCUGCGGUGGUUAAUUAUCUACUUAUUGAGCAGGCCGGGCACGUGCUGUUUGCAGGCUUCCUCUUUGCCCAGAAGAGGUGGGGCCUGGCCCUCUGCC